GCGGUUUUGGAUGAAAUUUUUUGAGGUAAAAUUUUUUAAUACCCUGCUUGAAAAUUCUAUAUCCUGCCACAAAUUUUGAGGUACAAUCAGACCCCAAAACCUCGUACCCUUCAUCGUCUUCUCCAGUGUAGCAACCAGAGACUUUACUACUACACCGCCGCCUCAAACCCUUCUCGUCUGCCUUCACUAAGAACCCCAACUCAUCGUGCCGACAACCAUACUGGUAAACCCUUAUUUUCUCCUCGACUUUCCCUAUUCGGUACCUCAUCUUACUACGUCACCAAAUCAUUCUGCUCUCUAGAGUUAAUUUUCGUCUACCUACUUAUGUCCAUGAUCUCACAAUUCGAUCUAUUUUCUUAAGUUUCUAACUAAUUGGUGGUGUAUUUCGUAGUUUCAACAGCGUCGGUGAUUCUAGGUGAACGAUGGAGUUUUUUCUAAAGAGGUUAUUGUCUGGUUUAAUGCGUGAUUAGGAAGCUUCAUUAAUGUAUGAAAUACACUACAUCAUAUAUGGAUGUAGGCUAUAAUGCCUUGUAACUUGGUGUUAACCUAUGGCGAAAUGAACCAAAAAUGUGUCACAAGGAUGGUCUUUCCAUAUGAUGAUGGGUUAAUAUACUCACUUCCUCUAUACGAAAAUCUUCUGAAAGUUAAGAUAAACUACAUAUAUGAAAGAUUUAAAGGUAUUCGUGAUCUUGUGAUGACAAAUGAAGUUGGUAUCCUGUAGGAUGCAGUUGGCAUUGUAAUCAAAUGGCCAUAAAUAUCAAUUGUUCUUCAGGUCAUUAGUAGACAGGUACGGAGGCCAGGUUUUGAGAAGACGGAGCAGACAAGUCUCGUCUUUUAUUUUGAUUGUAUAUUUUUGGUGUCUUAUUACAAUGAAAGAACACACAUGUAUAAAACUUUACUUAUAAUGCAAUGGAUGAUGUUGUUGCUUGUUUAUUAUAUUACACUGUUGUGAUACUGUACAUGACGUCCUCCACCCCUGAACGUUUCCGCCGUUCGUGGUUUUGGGGUGUGACAGAUUGGUAUCAGAGCAUUGUUUAUAGUGAAUUAAGUAUAUCAACCCAUAAAAGAUAUACUAACUAUAAAUACAUGGGAUUAAAACACUCUGUCUCAGAGUUAUACUUUUAAAUAAUAAAAUAAUUAAGUAAGUAGACGUGCCUGCAUUCAUACUAAAAUCAGUGUCACAACGACAAGAACAAAAGUAUUACGAUUGUUGAAUAUCACAAGUAAGCCUGGGGAUAUAUAGUCAGUCUUGGGAAUGGCAUAGCCUGAUCAACUAUGCUGGUCCGAGGAGUGAUUUGAAUAUGCCCAAUAAUGGUUGUGAUAUGGCAACAAGUCUAAAAAAAACUUACCAACACAACCAUAAAAGAAUACCAUAUGGGUAUUUGAUCUUACUGUAAUUAUCUUAUUAGUUCGUCUAUUUUAGCUAUUUCUUAUAUCCCUUUUCUCGCGUAGAUUAAAAUGACUGGAUUUCACCAUGGCGAUCCGUACUUCCCAAACCAAGGCAAUGCUGGUUGGCUAGAGGCUGAACCAGAAGAUGGUCACCCAAUUCCUUUGGAUGAUCACCAUGCCGAAGGUUUUUCUGAUAGCUCUGACUCGGAGCCGGAAGUCAAAAACCUACCCCCAGCUGUUCAAAACCCAAACCUGAACCCUCGCCCUGUGUUUCAAGGACCCACACCUCUGUGGGCCACUAACUUGAUAACAUGGAGUCAUGAACAGGGUCAGCCCAUUCCCUACAAUGGAGACCGAAGUUUCUACAACCUCACUGAAGGAGGUUCUGCUGAUAGAGUCCUACCAAUCAUGGUGCGUAGGAUUUCUCGGAACUCGAUAAUAGCUCAGGCGACUAUCAAUCAUGUUUUGGAAGUUGACGCCAACUCUGGUGUUAACACUGUCCACAUUCGCCAACUAGAGUCUGCUCAUGAAAGGACUCUGGUCCGCAAUGCAAAUCUGCAAAGGGAACUUGCUGAAACCCAAGUGGAGGUUAGGGAACUCUGAGCUCAGCAAGCAAGGUCGGACAGGCGUAUUAGGGACAUUGAACGUCUUCUGUCGGUAUCGAGUACUCAUGCUAGCAGUUCUCGUCGCCGAUAGAAUCUCGUCGACUCAUCUUUUGGAUUAACCUAGUUUAUGUAAAACUUUGGUCUAAUUUCCUAUCUUUAUAAAUUUUAGACUUGUUAGGUCUUGAUCUAGUCUUAAUUCUGUCAAAAUUUUCCAUCUUGGUUGAUGUAAGGCCUACUUCUAGGCGAUUUUUCCCGAUCUUGUUACAUCUGUAAUUCCAAUAUUAUUGACAAAUAUCAAAUCUAUUGGAAAUUAUUAUCCAAAUGCUAUCUUCUGCAUUUAAUCAUACUAUUCUUUCUGUUGUUGGAAUAUGGGGAUUUAGUCCAUGAGACACAUUCAUAAAUCAUUUAUUCUUAUCCAUGCCGUCAUCUUUUAAAUGUAUAGUUAAAGAUGCCGCCACGCAGAAGUACAAGACGUAACCCAAACAACGAAGCACCGAUACCACCACCUCCACCACCACCUGUACCUCUUCAACCACCAAAUCCUUUUGAUGCCAACAUGUUCCAGGCAACUUUCACAGCAGCAGUUGUAGCUGCUGUGUCAGCAAUCAACGCUCCUGCCCCUAGUGGAUCAGGAACAGGUGCACCACCCUCAAACCACGGCGAAAGCCAUGGACACCCUCGGGAAUGCACUUACAAAGACUUCACUAACGCCAAACCCCGCAGCUUCAAUGGAACUGGGGGUGUUAUGGUGUUGAGACAGUGGAUUGAGAAGAUGGAAUCUGUCUUCGAGAUCUGCGGAUGCCAAGAAGGAAGCAAGGUCAAGUUCGCAGCUUGUACCUUCUCUAACCGAGCACUAACAUGGUGGAACAGCCAUGUUAACUAUCUAACUUUGGUGGUGGCGUAUUCCAUCGGCUGGGAAAAGUUGAAAGACAUGCUGAUGAAAGAAUACUGUCCUCGAGGUGAAAUACAAAAGCUCGAGCAAGAAUUCUGGGGUCUACAAAUGGUUGGAUCCGACAUCACUACCUACACAAAUAGGUUCUGUGAUUUGGCAAACUUAUGCCAGGAUAUGGUUGCUCUCCAGAGCAAAAAGAUCGAGAGGUAUAUCUGGGGACUGUCGCCUCAGAUUCAGUCAAGUAUGAUCGCUUCCAGGCCUAUUACUUUUGAUAGUGCCAAGGAACUGGCACAAUCUCUUAUCGAUCACCGGAAACCUCAGAAUGCAACAAUCCCUACAUCGGUACCACAAAACUCCAACCCCGACCAUGACAGGAAGGGGUGGAAUAAGAGGAAAAGGGGGGCUUCGCAAGGGUCCUCCAAGAAACAACAACUUGUGGCGAUCAAUGCUUCCACAAUUACUCCUGUUGCACCUGCGAACCUCUUACCAGCAAAAACAUAUGCUGGAACUCUCCCGAAGUGCACCAAGUGCAACUUCCACCACCACGGACCUUGCAGGGAGAUGCAGUGCACUAACUGCAACAAGAAGGGGCACACCGCCCGUUACUGCAAGGCUCCAACAGCUCAAGCCGCCCAGGUCCCAAACGCCGGGAUGGGCCAAACUUGCUAUGGAUGUGCUGAGGUGGGCCAUUACAAGAGGAACUGCCCUAAAGCAGGGAUGGCUGGAGGAGUGGGAAGAGUUAUGGCUUUAGGCCACGAGGAAGCAUGUCACACCCCCAAACCUGAACGGCGGAAACGUUCGGGGGCGGAUGACUUCAUGUGGUAACGUAACAAAUGAAUACAUAGUAAAGAAAGCAAUACAACCAUCAUAUAUAUAAUUGAAAGUUUACAUUUGACAAAAGUUACAUGUUCAAAACCAAUUACAAUAUGAUGUCAAAAUACGAGAUUAAACUGGCGCCGCAGCAUCCCUUCAUCAAAAGCAAAAUGAAUACCUGAAAUUUACUUAUUUCCUGGGACAUACAAGUAAUUUUGAAAGAGUAGAUCAGCAUUUAAGCUGGUGAGUUUCAUAAGUAUUUAAAUGACAAUGUUUGAAUGAAAUGAAAUGUUUUGUCCUUGUUUGUUUGUGUUUAGAAAAUCCUGUAUUUUCUACUAGUAUAAAAGUAGCCUUCACUCAAGACCAAUGUUUGUUUCUAAAAUGUAUGUAAGUGUAAAAUAACCAAUGAGUUUGAAAACCUUGUAAAUCAAUGCAUUUUUAAUACCCCUUGUGAGUUUUAUAACCAUGCUAUUGACUCAAAAUGCCUAUACACAACGUUCUUCAGGCGUUGGAAUGUUAUGACGUUUGUCACCCCAAAUGGUGGAUUGUAGCUAACAGUCAGGGCGCGGGUUGUCAAGCCCGUAUAGAUCUAUACACAAACACCAUGCUCCCCCUCCAAGGGAUUCUGGUAUAUAAUAUAGGACUUGAAAUGCGUACUCAAACGUACGUGAAGUUAGUGUCUCACAAAACCGUGGCAUAAAAACAGAUCUACUUGUUAAAAUGUUACAUUUGUUCUUGUAUACGAAAGUAAACUUCUUGAAAUUCAGGUUUCUAGUACCUAAGAGUUAGAAAUUUGUUCGUAAAACUAUACCUAUUAUAGUUUUCUAAAAGUGUGUCUUGUUUGUUUAGAAAUACCUAGAAAAGGAAUCACUUGUUUAUGAAAGCAUAGAUUUUUGGUGUAGAGUCUAAGAUAGACAAGAAUAAUCUAAGAAAAGUUUAGUUUAUACAUGCAUUACAACAAAUUUAUAUUUCAAAAGAUAGAAUGCUAUUUUAACAUAUGUUAUAUAUAUAUGAAAGUUCCUUAAAGGUUUAUAAAUCGCAUGUGAUUUGGAUAUAUAACAGCAUAUCAAAGAGUUUCUUUAUGUAACACACGAUAAUACUCGUGUGUUUUACUUGUAAUCCCCCCUUGAAAGCAUAUAAAAGAAUUUAUAAAAUAUUUAAAAGGUAAAUUAAGGGGUAUGAACUCACUUGAAAGUUUGAAGAUAGCGAGAUGGAAAACCGGGCAGAGUUUCGUCUCGGGAAACGGAUUUUCCUCGGGAUUCUCUGGAAUCUCGGGAGUAAAAUCGACCCUCGGGACUUGAGCAAAAAGACCAGAGCUUCGGGUUUGAACGGGCACAGAAAACGAGGCAAGAUUGGGAGAGAGAGGAGAGAAAUGAGCCCUUUUCUCGGAAGCCCUCGCAUCCUAUUUAUAGGAAGGCUGAACUGCCUCGGUACGCGGGGCGUAAGCUCGUACGCAGCGCAUACGCGUACGUCAUGCAUGACCGAAGCCUCGACUGCCUCGGCUUCGGAUGGGACGGGUUGCUGGGGAGGCGGGACGGCGGGUCGGACGGGUUGGACGCUUCGGACGGGUCGGACGGGUCGGACGCCACGGAUAGGGCGACGUGGACGAUCAGAGGCCAAGUCUCUCGGGUACGCAGGGCGUACAGGGGUAUGCAGCGCGUACCUCGGAUGAGGACGCUGACCCCUCUUCGGAUAAGGUCCGAUUUUUGAAUUAAAUAAAUAUAUAAUUUAUUUAAUAAACUUCAAAACUUCAUAUCUUCUUCAUACGAACUCCGUUUUCGAUGGUCUUUAUAUCCACGCGUAGGUGAGACUACGCUCUACAAUUUUCGUUUAGACUCCGUCGGCAAAUUCCGAAUUUAUUUUUUUAUUAUAUAUUUUAAACUCAUCGUGUUUAAGGAAUUUCUUUGAAAAUUCAUAACUUCUUUAUCUGAUGUCGGUUUUUGCCAGACAUUUUACCAUUGGAAUACCAUUGUCGAGACCUUCGAUUCUCGUUUAGGUCAUUCCGGCCAAAAGUCGCUCGAUCUCCGAUUCGAGUUUUUAGAUGUCUGUUGCUAAGCUGAACUUGGAAAAAUUAUAACUUCGCUAUAUGAAGUCGGAUUUGGGCGUUCUUUUCACGUACGAUCAUGGUUCAAAGACAUUUAAUCAUAGAAGGAAAUUAAAUAGAACUAUUUGUACAUUUUAUUAUGAAAGUAAAUUUUAUUACACAAAAGUGGUUACAAUACUUGACCCUUUUUGGUCAUUACAAAGAGUUGAAAUAUCGGGUUGUCACAUCAUCCCCUCGUUAGAGAGAAUUUCGUCCUGAAAUUUAAAGUAGUAAAGAUACUAGUGAACAUGAAAGAGAUGAGGGUACUUUUGUUUCAUCUGAUCUUCGCGUUCCCAAGUGAAUUCAGGUCUCCGCUUGGCGUUCCAGCGAACCUUCACGAUGGGUAUGCGACUUUGUUUUGUUUGCUUGACCUCUCGGUCCAUGAUUUCUACUGGUUCUUCCACAAAGUUGAGGCUCUCGUUGAUCUCGAUCUCGUCGAGUGGAAUAACAAGAGUCUCGUCGGACAGACACUUUUUCAAGUUUGAGACGUGGAAG